GAUUUAUCGAAUUGGAGAAACUCAAAGCAGCUCAUGGCCACCCAAGACCCAAUCCAUCACAAUACUUCUCACCAUGAACGCCGCCAUGUUCGCUGCUUCUUAUAUCUCCCAUUUCACUUCCAAAGCCCAUUUCCCCACUCUCUUCAUAUCACCUCGACCAAUCACUUUACCCCUACUUCGCGUAGUCCGCCGAAAUCUUCCAAUUUCCACCGCUAUUGAGACCCAGAAACAAACAGAAGCAGCGUUAGCGCCGCCGCAGCAAUUUGACGACUAUGUGGAGGACGAAACAUACGGCGAGGUUAACAAAAUCAUCGGUAGCCGCCGGGCAACUGAAGCUGGAACAGGGAUGGAAUACUUGAUAGAGUGGAAAGACGAACAUGCCCCGACCUGGGUCCCUUCCGACUACAUCGCCAAUGACGUCGUCGCCGAGUACGAGACUCCGUGGUGGACAGCCGUCAAAAAGGCCGACGAAUCUUCUCUGAGGAAGCUAGUGGAAGCCAGCGAUGACGGGAGGGACGUGGACGCCGUUGACGAGAACGGUCGUACGGCUCUACUAUUCGUUUCCGGGCUUGGAUCUGAGUACUGCGUCAAACUACUGGCAGAUGCGGGGGCGGACGUCAAUUACAGGGACAAGCGCGGUGGCGGCUUGACGCCUCUACACAUGGCAGCAGGCUACGUCUGGCCUGGAGCGGUGAAGAUGCUAAUCAGGCUGGGAGCAGAUCCCGAGGCGGAGGAUGACCAAGGGCAGACGCCGCUUGACCUGGCAAGGACGAUCAUGAAGAAGCAAAGCCCGAUGGAAUUGGAUAGAAGGUUAGGGUUAGGGGAAGUAAUUGCGGCACUCGAAGAGGCGAUUUACGAGUUUGCUGAAGUGGAGGAGAUAUUGGAGAAGAGAGGAAAGGGGGAGCAGGUGGAGUAUCUGGUGAAAUGGAAGGACGGAGAGGCGAAUGAGUGGGUGAAAUGUGGGCUGAUAGCUGAGGAUUUGGUGAGGGAUUUCGAGGCUGGGCUGGAGUAUGCCGUAGCAGAGAGAGUUUUAGAAAGAAGGGAAGGAGGGGAGGGUGGGAAAAGGGAGUAUUUGGUGAAGUGGUCAGACAUUGAAGAGGCGACAUGGGAGCCUGAAGAAAAUGUUGAUCCCACUUUGAUACACCAGUUUGAAAAGGAUCAAUUGUAAACAUUAUGCAGGGCCAUCGAAGCUUGCUUGCGAUGAGGCGCAUUCACAUGAAAAUGUUCUGGGCGUCCAACAUCAGUUUGUUAGAAACAAAUGACACUACACGAUUUGAAUUUUGAAAUCACACCAAUCUUUUGUUGUUAAUGAGUUAUGACAUGUGUUGAAAUUUUCAGUAGUAGUAAGCAAUCUCCAAGAGCCGAAGGCAUAUUGUUCAAGUGCUACUAAUUUUGAUAAUCACUGGAAGCAAGAGAAUAUUAUAUUACCAUAAGAGAAACAUUAAAAAUG